ACAAACGAGUCAAAAAUCCAACCAAAAAGGACCUGUCUAGUCAGCCUCGCUAUACACAAGUCACGCACAAUCAGCAAAAAAGAGAAAUUAGGAAAAAAAAGACAAGUAAAACGUAUAUAAAGAGAAAAAAGGAGAGGCAAAUGACAUCCUGUUUCUUUAACCCGGUCCCUUCCUAGCGUGUUGGAGGAGAGAGAGAUUUUCAGAUUUUUAAGACCUUUGAUGAAAAGAAGUUGGAGAUAUGUUUAAAAAACUGCUUUGUUUAUUUUUGAUCAUAAUGUUGUGGAUGUCUGGCAUCGAUGUGAAAACGGCACUUAUAGGAGUCACCUCCUCAGUAUUUGUGGUGUACGUUGUUGCACCGUUGGUCUGGCACUAUUCUAUUUCCUUGCAACGGCAGCUCAUCUUUCUUAAUUAUUUGAAGCUACCGUUAUUUGUUGACCUUGAACAGCCAGAAAAGAAAGGUUUGCCUGGAACAAGGAACUUUUUCCUGGAAACAGACAAGAACAUAAAAGUAGGGAUAUGGCACAUUUUACCACAGUCUUUAGUCUCCUCUGCUCCCAAGAAGGGAACCCCAGACUUCACACAGUGGUUUGAAAAAAGUCUGGGUGAUAGCAGGCCUGUCAUCUUGUACCUCCAUGGCAAUGCUGGGACCCGGGCUGUACCUCAUCGCGUGGAACUCUAUGAUAUACUAAGAAAGAUGGAUUACCAUAUUAUUGCAUUUGAUUACAGAGGAUAUGCCGACUCCAGCUUAGUUCAUGUCAGUGAGAAUGGGGUUGUUCAAGAUGCAAAGGCUGUAUACAGGUACCUGAAGGAGAAAGUAGGGUCCUCACCUCUCUUUCUGUGGGGACACUCCCUAGGGACAGGGAUCUCAACACAUGCUCUAAGGGACCUGUGUUUAGAUGGGGAACGGCCAUCAGGUCUUGUGCUCGAGUCACCUUUCAAUAAUAUGAAGGAGGAAGUCAAGCUUUGUUUCCUGACUGCAAUAUUCCGCAGAAUGCCAAAGUUUGAUUGGCUUUUCUUGAGUCGUUUAGCUGAAGUUGGUGCAGCAUUCAGGACAGAUCAACACAUUGCAUAUGUGAAUGCACCAAUUAUGAUACUGCAUGCCUUAAAUGAUUGCAUGGUACCUUUCGAACUGGGUCAGAAGUUGUUUGAGACUGCUAAAAGGGUGCGACCGCAGACUCUGCCACCUGUCAAAUUUGUAGAGUUUGAUGCCAAGUAUGGCCACGACUACAUUUGUCGAGCCCCUGACCUGCCACAGGUUAUUAGAGACUUCUUUAGAGAUGCAGGAGGAAAAAUGUAGUGCUAAUAAAUGGCUGUUAGUUGUACGACUUUCUCAAGGUUGUUUCCAGACAGGUAAGAUAAUAGCUACCAAAGAUAUAUAUUAUGCAUUACAAAAUGCAUUUAAAAUCAGAUGCAUAUCUAUGUAUUAGAAUUGGUAUAUAUGAGUGAGUGAGUGAGUGAGUGAGUGAGUGAGUUAGUGAGUGA